AUGCUUUUAUCUUUCAGAUCUUCCAGGGAGCUAAUUCCAGAGGUUUGGGCUUCUCAAAAGCACCGCAAACGAUCAGGUACUGAGGUCUUGCUUUCAGAACAAUUUAACUCUGUUGGGGUUUGUCCUGGGCACAUCAAUUCCUAUUGUUGCCUAAGGCGUGUAUUUCCCAUCGCUCUCUAACUCUCUCCUCGACAGGGGGGUCCUAAGAAGCUGCGAGGUAAGAUGCAGUUAUGUGGCCCCUCCUGAUGGACACAAUACUGUCGCGGUUAGGGUUAGGGGUUGGGACAACUAUUUCUCAACCACUCAAAGUGCAACCGCGCAUUCCCAAUAGCUUUUCUUUUUCAUGCAACCUCGUCUUCUGUGCGUUCCCCGGCCCCGCCUGUAAAAAUCUCCUAUUACCACCGGUCCUGUAUAACAGGUGACUGGGUUUUGUUUACUUCAGGUGGUGCUACAUAACCACAUCUGACCAGUUGCGAAUUAUGGGUGACUUAUCGUACAAUUUGCCAGUUCGCUAUUUCCCACUCUAGUAUCACACGUUACUUGGCUGUUGUAAAACUUGAUGGUUUGAAUGCGAGUACGUCAAACUUCAUUAGUAGUAUUGUCAGAGGUUGUCAUCUUUUUCGAGAAAAUUAGACCCAGACCACCAACUGCAGUUGACUACCCCGGCAGUCACUGGCCUGAACAUUAAUUUUGCCCUCAAAAUUUAAAAAAGUCGCGAAUAUUUCCUAUUGCAUUUCACUGAAAGCUAGCUCAGUUGUUAUUUCUUUUUGAAAAAAUUAAUGUUUUUGGGGAAUGAGGACCCCCUUUAACAGACCAAGUUCAGCUUCUGGGAACUGCGCUAUCGCAUUACGCAACGUCGGGGGAAAACCUUCAUGGCCUUGGUACGAACCAACUCUCUGACCUCAAUGGGCCCCAGUUCAGCGCCCAGCCAUGCAACCGACUUCUUCUUUAGGUUCUGCUCCUGCUUUCUUCCCGUUGCCGCUGUGAGCAACAGUUUGACCGUGGCAAGCGACAGCGUUCACCACGCACCCAAAAAAGUGAGCGCAACACAGCGCGCGAAUCAGUUUGUUGUAGCAUCUGCCGCACUUAGUCCUCCCUCACACACACACACCUUGCUCCGAUAGCAAAAGAAUGUCUCGACAGUCGGCGAUGGACGCGAGUGCAGCGAUUGGCGAAACCAAACAAUUCGUCUACGCGUGCCACACACGAGCUGAUCCCCACCGCGUGUGUUAGGACGUCUUGGGUCUCACAUCGACUGAAGGGGCUGUGUUACUCUGUCAGGUCUCGACUCUUAGUGCGCGUCGUGAGAGUGGAUUCGCCACUGUCGACCUGACUCUCCUCUCCCUCCUCCAUGCACCAGUCGACUGCCCGAGCCAUUCACCUAGCUGGCAAUGGGAUGAUGAUCUGCCAAUUGCGGCGUCGGCAUCGCGUGUUUUUGACGCGAACAGAGUGAAUCUAUUAGUGUUUUGGCUAGUUAAUUAGAUUCGCCCCUGAGCUAUGGCCUUCGACGCGUCUGAAGACUCAAAACAGAUGGCAGGGGGGGGGAGCGACCGCUCUUUUGGAGUGCUUGUUUUCCCAUAGUCUGGCGAAAUGGACCACUUUAUGCACUUUGAGGGUUGAUCUACGCUCAAACACUUUAGCAACUACUUAGUGAACUUGCAGAUAAUCUGCACUGUUGUGUGUCGUCUCCACCAUUUAUGUGUGAGAAAAUGAUUUGUCUAGAUGGCCGAAAACGGGGAUAACAACAUUGGUCGGCGUCUCAGGGUUCGAGUCGUCCGUUUCCAUAUAGGUGCUAGUGCUUUUCGCUCCCUUUACGGACUGGAGGGUGGAGUGGAUUAAGGGGGAAGUGGUUGUGUCUUAUCUUGUCAGCCCUUUUACUGACCUCUCCGCAUGCUUCAGUGAGUCUGCCUCCCCCAUCUCCGCCGGGUCCAAUCAAGUUGCUUGCAGCCACAGAAGACAGUGCUCACCUCGAAUGGCAGCCGCCAGCCCAAUCUCCGCACACCUCGGACCCCAUAAACUACCGCGUGGAAAUAAUACCGGAAAAUUCGCCCAGGUAAUCUCCCCACACCUAGUGUUUGUCCGCAAUCCUUUGAUGGCCGGCCGUUUGUCAUACAAAUGGCCUCGGCCAGGACAGAGGAGAAAGGUCUCCUUCAGAUCAGGCGUCAUGGGGUGUUGCUCAAGAUCAGUAUUUAAACAAUGCAAAGUCCAGGUGAUCUGGAGUUUAGUGUGGGAGCUAGAACGCCGUGCUGGGUCCAAAUUCUCUUUUCCCGCCACUGUCGGGGGUUUUAUCUGGGAGUCUCCAUUUCUUCAGUAAUACAUUGAAUGCAGCUCAACCCAAACAAUCAUGACACGCGAACAGUCGACUCACCAGGACAGAGCAACAAGUGGGCGGUCCCUAGUCCGGCUUCGCUCAAUUUAGCAAGUCAGGAUAUGCUUUUGAAGUGGGAAGAGUUGACUGAGACUAAUUGGUGCGUUCAUCCUCCACAGAGCAAUAAGUAGUAAAGGGUGGCGCGAUCUGCGCAGUCAGGCAUUUGCCACCGCCUAGCCACUGGAAGCCUGAAUAUCAAGUAAGAGUAGUGCUUGUGGACUAAGCAUCAUAUAUAUGAAAUGAAAACAAGCAUGUAAAGCAGAAUUUAUUGGGGUCAACAAAUUUCGUGACGGCUUUUCAACUGCAACCCGUCUCUGCAUAACAUAGGUAACGAAUGAACGCGCACAGCAGUAUGAAUUUGUACAGAAUGGCAGUGCAUAGGAGCAAGGUCAAAGUUCAAAAUAAUCAAUAAUCAGCCAAGACGUCCACAUAAGCAUCAAAAAGGAAAAAAGGAAGACGAAAUGUUAACAACAAAUCACAGUCAGAGGAAAAUAGAGGCGUGAGAUUACCAGGGCUAUUGCUCCUAUGCACUGCCAUUCUGUACAAAUUCAUACUGCUGUGCGCGUUCAUUCGUUACCUAUGUUAUGCAGAGACGGGUUGCAGUUGAAAAGCCGUCACGAAAUUUGUUGGCCCCAAUAAAUUCUGCUUUACAUGCUUGUUUUCAAUUCAUACCGGGGAAAAAAUGCUUCAAACAUCAUAUAUAUAUAUAUAGGUGUGUAUACGUAACCAGUUCACUUAGAAUGCUACAGGCACACGUACACGUAUAUACAUGCAUAUGACUUAGAACUGACGCGGUGUAGAUUCUGAGCCGCUAUAGAAAGACUGUGAAAAACCGAGUAGUACUCAAGUUGGUGACACAAACUUAAUGAAUCUGGCGGAUGUGAGGUUGUCGCACUAGGACUUGAGAAGACAAGGAGAUUUCGCAUAAUGUGUGGGGGAGGGGGAGGGAAGCGGAACAUAACAGUAGGGGAGGGAAUGGCGAAUUACUGGGGUGGAAGGGAGUAUGGAGAUUCAGUGGUGGCCGGAUAUGGAUUAGCAGUCUUUAGAUCUUGGAGAGUCAGUGAGCCAUGCGCGCGGACCGUCGUAAUAAGUACACAGGUCGACAUGACGGUUGAUGACCAGGCCUCAUUAGAAGUUCCCGGACCUCUUUUAUGUUGGCUGUGGCAAUAACUUCGGUAUCGGUCCUAUUGAAGUGGUUAUGCCAGCGGAUAUGUAGCCUGUGUGGAUGUCGAAUUUCCUGGCCAGCGUACUUUCAGGAGUAUUUGACGCCUAGAUAUGUAAAAUAACGUUAGUUUGAUGUUCCUUGAGGUAUGGAAUUAGAAUAACUGAUGUAAGUAAGCUAGCUCCUACCUGAGGAGAUCGUCCCUGUCGCAGUAAUGUAGGGACCGGUGAAAAAGACUCCUGACACGGCUUCUUUUUUGGAUCACAAGGCGGAUACUUUUAUAAUUAGGGAUGGCCCCAGCAUUAGAGCAUUUUCUACAGACACCUGUUACGAGGUUACCACCUCUCAGUCUUUGUCUAUUUGCAGGCAAAGGGACUGUCUAGCCUUUGAUGCAUUUCCUCAACACCCUACUUAGGCAUCUAAUUGACGAAACAAAACUUUGGGCUUGGGAGUUCGAAUAGCGUCCUCUUCUAGCUGUGAGGCUGACUCAGUGAGUAACCUCUGUGAGUAAGGUGAACGAAGAAGACUGGUCAAACACUGGAACCGUCUGUUUAUUUUUCUAAGCUUUUGAACUCGUGCGGAAGUCCUAUAUUUGCGACCCCUUUGGGGCUGCCUUAGCCUGUUGACAAUACUUAUUGUCAAAUUGAUGGGAGCCAUUAAGGACGUGCAGUGUUGGCGGGCCAAUAGGAUUUAAUUUAAAAAUUUGACAGUUACCGCGCACCCUGUAGAUUCAAGUGGUUUACACGCAUCGGAUCCAACUGGCCGAAUAUUCUUAGAUUUGUUAGGCGAUCUAGUCUUAAAUGGCCCCUACGUUCACGAGACGUACGAUUAGGGGACGCUGUCGCCUUGAUCACUACGGCUUCAGUGUUUGAAUCCACUCCGUACUAUCGCUGAACCCGACUUGCGUGGUUUUUAUUCAGAGUUAAAAUCACAAUUUGAAGGACAAACACCCCAGCCCAACGUGCCGGACGCCUGUGUUCUUAGUCAUCCUCCCCACAACUUGUGCCGGCGGCAAUAAGUCCGUAACCAGAACAGCAGUAGGGUUUGUUCGAACCAACCAGGUGACAGGCACUGAUUAUUCCGCUGUUGAGGCGAACUUUCAAUCCUUUCUUUCCUAGGACCUUUUCCAUGCUGACUCAGGAACCACAACUUUCCCUGGAGGAGCUACGUCCUGCCAAAUCCUACGACGUCCGAGUAUACACCUACCGGCCGACUGACGAUCAAGUGUCCAGCGAAGCCAGCCACUUGAGGAUAACCACGAAGCCCGAAGGUAGUUGCCAGAACGCUCUAUCCCUACAACCCCACACAUGCUGAGUCAAAAACAAUACCAUCCGGAUAACUGACUAAAAUAAAAAUGCGAAGUAAAUUAAAGGUGUCAAAAUGCUCGAAAAUGCUUUGAACCACAUAUAUAUGUAUUGGUUUGACAUCUGUUUGCGGCCAUUUGUCGGAUUUUUGAAAAAUCCUGUAUUUUCUGCCUCCGUGCUAGUUGUUCGCUUGCCAAUGGUCCAGAAUCCAAAAGCAGAAUCCACGGACUUCGCAGCACUGAAAAUCUCCUGGGAACCGCCGACAGUUGAUAGAACUGACAGGCCCGAGUUGCAGAUCAACCACUACAGGUUUGGCGUGUUCGAAAACUUAAUUUUUCUACAACAUACAAUCUACCUUUAUGACUUGAGUAUCAUGUUGUUUGCUUAUGUUUAGUGUUAUGCUGCUCAACCUUGCGCUUGGUCGACCCGGUGCCCACAGCUCGUGGACUCAGUCCUCAGAAGCCAAAUGGUCCAGGUUUGACGUGCCUGGGGGCUUCCGAACUACAUCUUACGUCAUAUCCGGUCUGCAGCCUGACUCUUUCUACAAAAUCCGAAUUUUUGCAGUCUCAAACGCAAACAUCGAUGGGCACCCUGCCGUCAUUACGUCCUCACCUCGGAUAAUCUCACGGCCUCCUUCGGGUCCACCAACGAAGGUAUGUAAAUGACUUUCCUCCAGCAAAUUGACAGAUCCCAUUAUCAUUUUACCCUGGAUGGAAACCAGAGAUGCAACUUUGAAGAUGAAUGAUCAAGUUCCAGGUGCACGUGUAGGAAAGGAGAACAUUAAUCGAGCAUUGCAAUCAGUUUUUUUAUUUUUCGGAAUGUUCGUCAUACAUUUAGUCGGUUUCCGGAUCAUUAAGAGGGUUAGCGCGGCGGGGCAUUUCUAAUACUUGCUCAUACGUAGAUGACUGACACCUCCUACACCUUAGGACCUCUUCCACCAUCAUCAGCGUUGCCGUCAGCUCACGUCCUGUCCUAACCUUCACCGUCCAUUUGCAUUAGAUACGAAUUAGUCGAGAACUUGCGAAUCGAUCGCACAGAGACUCCUGUACCAGUGUCAGGAGCCCCAAUAUGCAUCCAUCGCAUCCGCUCCACUUGCACACAAACACACUGCCCAUGGACGUUCCAUUUUCACAUGGACCUAUUCGACCCUAGACGCCUUCAUGAAAGCCUGAAGUAAAACACUGGAGACCUCACCCCACCACCACACCUAGUCCCACCAGUCCAUACUUCACACACGAACCCGCUCCCAAUACCCGACACGCGGACAGAACAUGCGCCGUUGACAUCAGAAAGAGGCACCUUCUUUGGUGCAAUCUGGUGUCUGACCAGCUCUGUCAGAUACUGUGCCCAAUCGCGGCGCCAGGACAGUGAACUAUUACAUAGGAGAGAGAGAGUGCGGUCGACACUGGUGAACUCAUUCCACGACGCGCCAAAAGCAGUGGCUUUGAAGUCUACAAACUGUCUGGAUAAUUUGGUCCUCGUGACCAGUGCUGUGUGUGCGUAUGGGCUAACUGGCUCGAGUGCUGGGAGUCAGGCCCAUUGGCUCCUCAUUAUCGACCGCGUUGCCGAGAUUCGAGUCCCCUAUUCUGCCGCAAAAAGGGGCCAAGAGGUAGGUGCGCUGGGGGGGAGGGGGGCACGCUGGAUUCUGGCAGACGUUAUCCUGAAUGUGCACCAUGACAAAUGCCGACAUUCGGGGUGUGCUGGCAGGCCCGGCUGCUGGCUCACGUCCCUCAUUGUUGUGGUUGGCUGAAGUCCGGGUCAGGUGUUUGUUGUGAACCAGGGGGCGGUGGUUGUACACCUAGGUGCGGGUCCGGCUGUGCCAGCCACCUGCUUCCUCUCUCUCACCCCCGGUCUUUUUGAUCUUGCCUGGACACCGAGCCCAGGCGGUGGGGGAGGAGGUGUGAGUGCGAUAGAUGCUGCGCAAGCCUACCCUCACUAAAACCUAAUUCACGCGCACGUCACUGCGCCUGCUCUCAACCUGCCGUGAAGCACACGGUAGAUACCGUCGGUCACGACGGUCGAACUGUCAUUCUGCGUCAAAUUGGUCGUGUGUGUGUGACACGCGCCUCAGCCCACCUUCGGCUAUCUUGAAAUUGCCCAUCGAUGGAGGAAAAAGUGAGGUAGAUGCCGCGCAAGUCAGCCUCGCUAUAAACGGUUCGCGUGCUCCGUAGAAUACACGGUGAGCAUCGUCGUUCGCAAAGGUCGAAAUCCCAUUUCACGUGACUGACAGCUGCCACGGGCAAGGAUAUCCAACUCCUACAAUGGCUUUUUAGAUUGUUCUGAGUGAAAUCUACAGAGGACUCUCUCUUGUCUGUCAAAUCAAUCUCGUAAUGCCGUGUUCUCCCACCUCUGGUAUCCCGAUUAUUUUAGAUUACUCUCACGCAUGUGGGCGCUCUGACAGCUAUGUUCUCCUGGCGCGAGCCCGAAGCUGCUAACGAGAACGGUGAAAUUGUGGCCUACCAGCUUUCUUUCAAUUCCCCUGAGUGGCUUUCUCCUCGUGAGGUGACAGUCUCUGACUCACUUAAUUACACGCUCACUGGUGAGUCUAACUUGGUCAGCUUGCCAAGGCGUCCGAAGUCGCGCUGGCGCCUUAAACUAUAUUCACGAACUGUUUCUACUAAAUGUUUAUAAGUAACUGUUUAAAUACAGGGCUAAAUCCGGCUACGAACUACACCAUGGCGAUCGCUGCAGCCACCCGUGCGGGCAUCGGACCACAGUCGAAACUCCUCCACUUUCAGACCACCUCCAGAAAGACUGUACUUGAUACUCACCGCCCGCAAACAGAGGAAACUGUGAGUUUUUGUUAUUUUGAAGAGAAGAAUUUCCUUCACCACACACUCGCUCUCAUCAUGCGUGCUUCCCCUAACGAUUGGCACCGCCACUUCCGGUUAAUAUUAUCUUCAAUGUUUCUCGAAGGUGUCAAGUGGCGCCUUUGAAGACCCAGUUUUUGUACAUUAUAUUUGGCUCCUCGUAGACGUAUGCAAUUGUUUGUCAGCAUGCCUGGAAAUCAGACGACAUAAAAAUGGUCCGUGUGUUUUUUGAAGACUGGUAAUUUAUAUCGGUGGAACUUGUGGAUUUCUACUGCUUUUCAAUAAUAUAUAUGCUAAUGUCUGGGGCCUCCUCCAUUUUUAAUUUUUUAAAUCUAUUUUAACAGUUCGAGGAUAAUGGCGCAGUGGAUUCUAAUGCGGUCGUGCCAUCACUUGUAAAGGUAAUUAAAAGUAUCCUUUUCCCGCUGCAACAGAAUCUGCUUCUCUUCUAUUUGUCAUUCUUCCACUCGUUUUAUGUUUUCGAGGGGGAUUCCAUUUCCCUGUUCUUCCUCCCCCUCGUGUACUAGACCGCCCCAAUGAGUGUAUGCCUCAUGUUGGCACGCUUUGGCCAUUUGGGUUUUAAGCCUUUUGCCAUUCAUUUCUCGGUUGCUCUUCGCCUCUGCAGAUUCACAACCUGCGUUACAUCACCAACGAACGCAGCAUCCUCCUGCUCUGGUCUAUGCCGCCUACAGCAGGGACUGCGCAAGAAUACCGUGGCUGUGUCAUCCGCUGGGGUCCACUCUACCCCGGCCCCUCAGAAGCCUAUGUCGGUCUGGAGAAGCGGGCCUAUUCCAUUGAGCAUUUAGGUAUCCGUUUUUAUCCCCCAAUUGUUCUACUUAAUUAUAUUUCAGUAGGUCUUAUUUGAUUUCUGGAAUUUACCGCUUUCACUAGCUCCUCUCCGCCAUCUGCUGAACGCUUUAGUGUUGCUAUAAUUGUAUUCAUUGUUAUUGUAUUUUGUCCUCUAAUUAGACUUUAUCGCAGUCAGGCUUAGGGUACACUCAGCAAGGUGACCGAUACCAGCUCAUCAUUCCCGUAAACACUACGCAGUUGGUACCCCGUCCGCUUUCAACCACGUGUGAUUUUAAGCAAACCCAUUUAGUGGGACAACUUUUGGCAGAUCUGGAGUUAGUAUCCUUCAGAUUUUCAGAUUGUUUGCAUAACAAUGCUGUCACUGGACUUUUUCCUGUGCUUUCCUGAAUUAUACGAUUAAUUGUUUGCAUCUAAAAUCCCUAAAAAAGAAUCCUGUGCCAUUUGUAGAUCUCUAAAAACUUCCUUAAUCCCUGCCUUGAAUUUUUGAUUUCAACAAUUUCAAAUUUCUUUAGAGCCCGCAACUUCCUAUCUAAUUUCAAUCGCUCUCCUUUCUGACGACGGAGAGGGGCCGUCCGAAAUGAUCACAGCACAGACUAAGCCCAGAUCACGUACGUCAGGAGGAGUUUUGGUUUUCCAUUUUCCAUCCUGCUAUUCUUUGUCGUCUCUCUAAUCCGCCUUCUUUUCUCUCAUCUGCCUGUAGACGGUAAGGAGGCCCUAAUUCCGGUGAACCUUCAAGCCAUUUCCGUGGGCUACGACUGGGCAGUUCUCACCUGGGAUCCGCCCACCUGUUCCUCCUUUGACGAAGGCGGAAGCGGGAGCUCGCGUCGCGCCCAGCAAAGGGCGUCUCCUUGUGCAUCAGAAUUGUAUCCUCUCCAGUACCAACUCCGUUACCAGCUACUUGAACCCAACAGCCUCGAUGCUAGUCAAUCACCUGAAAAAGCGGACGGCUUUGGUGAGACAUUGUCUGCCCCCAAAUUUUGCCUUCACUUCCUUAAUUUUGUCGAACUACUGACUCUUGCCUUCUCCACCCUUAUCUACGCCCCCCUCACUGGUUUCUGCAGUUAAUUGCCCGACGGAUGCGGAGGCCAUAGAAACGGAAGUAAAUACCACUGUGCCCUGGGCACGUCUGGAGGGACUUAAACCAGGCAACCGUUACGUUGCCUGCGUUCGCGCCUUCAGCGUCAACACACAGAAAUCGGGGACUACUUCGCAAUCUCGUGUCGGCGACUGGAGUCUUGUUCAAAUCUUCGAAACAACAGUGAAAAGUGAGCUGUUAAACUCAUUAUACGUAGCUACUUACAUGUCAAAAGUAGCUGUUUCUGAUUAUUGUUCUGAUUGGAUUUUUAGAAAGCACUAUCAGUAUAGAUGGUUCCGAUGCCCAGCCUAUGCUCGACAGCAAGGUCUUCGACGCCUCUUCUAGAGACCGGACUCCUGGGGAUCCCGAUCUCCCCCUGUCUGCGGAUCCCAGAUCAGCGGCCGGAGAACAAAGGUCCAAUUCUCUGAACAACAGUAGUGAUUCGAAUCUAUGGCUCUUGACGCCCACUAUUGUCGUCGUGUCUGUCCUCCUGGUGUCCGUCGUCUCUCUGGUUUGCUGGCUGAAGCGCAGAUCCUUCAUGAUCGUCCGGUAAGUCCCGCCUUCUCCGCACAUAUUUUCUGCCCUUAGUCCGUAUCUGUGACUGUUUCGUCCUCUCCUCAGCUACAAGCCGGAUCCGUCUGCAGAGGCCACAACGAAUGGGACAAACGUCUGUCUCCUCACACCAGCCAAACAGGCAAACAAUGUGGUCGGUGUCGAUGAGAAGACUGCGACCGCUACGAUGGAAAAAAGUGUCAAGGAGGGUCACAUGCUGGAAUACCUACAGCACCAACAACAUUCGCAGCCACCAGGUACGGCACUUUCUGCCCUAUUAUAAAUAAAUAGACAUCGUAUAUUUCAACCAACAGCGCUUUGCGACUGUUCGACCGUCGAUGUCGGCGAUGUUCACCGUGGGCUACACAGCUAGGUGCGACAGGCACGUUUAAUUGCGCAUGAAUUAGUUUAUAGUCACAGUAGGCUUUCGCAGCAUCUUCAUCUCUUUAUCUCCUUCACUCUCCAGCUGGACCCGGUGUCAAGACAGAGUCAAGAAGACCGGAGGCGGAUGAGGGCGUAGGUGACUGGUACGGUCGGACCCGCACCUAGGCGUGCGACCACAUCGCCUGGUUCACAACAUACACUUGACCAGGAUUUUUUUACCAACAACACCACCCCAACAGUGAUCAGAAGGACAAGGAUGACUGGGCAGCCAUGUCCACUAUCUAUAUACCCAGCGGCGGCGCAAGCUAAUCUAGCGGCAGGGAACCAGGUGUCAGGGAACUGCCAGCGCAUACCAGACUGCGAAGGCAUAGCACACGCUGUCAGACCUUUUGAUCUAGAAGGGCGACACCUGGCCCUGCAUUUAGCCUGAGCCGUCAAUCUUCAAGGUUGAGUAACGAAACAGUCGUCGACUAAGAGGCACUACCCAUAAAGCACACACAAACACUCUCCUAACAUGUAUGAGAGUGUCACAGGUCGUUACAGUCUGGCUCGCAGCCCACCAGUCCGCCACUCCACACAACACACACAACUGGGCAGACUGCGUGGACUGAGUUGGUUCCUCAGUCGUCUGCCUUCAGAACCACGGCGCUCGACGCACCGUCUUCGUCUCAGACUCCUAUCACGCAUGCAGAUGGUGGGUCGCAUGGAGAAGGAGUCUAGGCGCGUACUUGCGUGGGAGGUGACAGUUGGGUGCUUGCAGUGGGUGAUGUUGAUGUGCGUUUAGAUGCUGGUGGGGGAGGAUGUGAUGGUGUGGUGCAGCCGGCGGUUAUCUAGCGCAGGUUUUCGUGGACGCGCCGAAUAGGCCCAUGCAGUGCAUGGGUGUACGAGGGCAGUGUGGACAGUGGAGGUGGAUGCGGCGAGUGUGGGUUGGUGCUCCAGGCACUGGUUCGCUAGUCUUCGUGCGAUGGAUUCGCAAGUGACCGACCAGGCCGAUGUGUGAGAUGAAGGUGCCAUCGCAAGGCGGACAGGGUAUAGGCCGAGUCUCCAUCACUGGCGUUGACGGUGGUGGUGGUGGUGGUGGUGGUGGUGGUGGUGGUGGUGGUGGUGGUGGCGGCGGCGGCGGCGGCGGCGAUGUGUCAGGAUUGUGAACAGAAAGCCAAACAUUUACCUGCGGUCGAUAGUUGAACUCGAAUUGUUGUUUCCCUGUUUUCAGGCCAUACGGUGGGUAUUCCGUCGGUGGUUGAUCCCAUGGGCCAUGGCAGUUCGGCGGACGCGGCUAGCAGGGGGGCCACUGGAAGUAGCAUCAGUUCCGUCGUGUCCCUUCUGUCACCGGUGAAACACAGCGCUGCCUACUUCACGACGAGUCCCCUUUCCAACGCACCGCCUAUGCAGAGUCAGCUGUCUGACGUGAGUCGUGGAUAUUUUCGUGUUUCCAGUGGAACAGUUUUUUUUUAUUUCGCUUACCUCUGUCGUGCCCACUUAACUGAUUUCAAGUCAUUGAUUUAGGAUAUACAUCACAUGCGGUGAGGGUAUGGUAUGUAACCCCCCUUGGAUAGUUGUUCAGAAAUCUACUUGUAUACCUUAUUAAGGUGGGCGUGGUUCGUAACCGUUACAUGAUGCUUGGAUUCUCACCCUCACCAGCGUUUAAGGCGCCCAUAUUAGGCUCAAAUUUAGAGUUGCGGCUACGUUUGAGGUAAAUGUCAGUGUUAGGAGUUGGGCUACGCCUAGGGCUGGGGUUUUUAGGCUUGGACCAUGGUUUGGAUUUGGGGUUGAGACUGGGAUUGGAGUCUUGGUUUAGGGUUGGGGUUGUAGGAUUGCGACCGGGGUUAAGGUUAGAGUUUUACGAUUAGUGUUAGGGGUGUUUGGGCUAACAUAAAGCUUGAUUUAGGGUUGUGGCUGCGUUCGUGUUUGACUUAAGUGUUUACGGGUUAGGAACUAAGGCUACCCGCGGCUGCCGUUAGAGCUGCAGUUGACCACAGCUUUCCCAGUGGGGUUACAUACUAUACCCUUACCUAUCACGCUUGUUGCCACUUGUCCAAUCAGAACUCUGCCUGCAUUCUCAUUGUUUUUGCUGUACUCAAAUCACUUUUUACCCGCAUGCUUGCUCCUGACUAACUCUGGCUGGCUAUCAUUCAUAAUCCAAUCUUUUGUAGCAGCGGUCUAGAAGAAUUCCAGAAGAAUCCCGCGAUUCGGUUAGUUCGCGAAGUUGCAAUACUACCUUGAACAUUCUGCACAUUCGUAUCUCGAGUUCCCUCAUUCAAUCUACUGAAUUCCUCGCACCUGUAAAGAUUUAGGUUAUAUGGGUUUUGAACCAGUUUUUGUCUCUGUUUCUCCGUGCAUUGUUGUCUUGCCGGUAAGGAGGAUGAUCACUGAUGGGAGGUAUGGGAUCUUUGGGUCCCACGGGUUAGCUACACUUCUCUAUUGACCCAAAAAUUUUCUGCGUUUCAGCCAUUAGUGGUGCUUAUCAGGCAAACUGAUCAGUGAAGCGUCUUACUGCCCAACAAGCAAACUGUCGUAUAGUUCAUGAUCACUUAUGCAUCCUGUCCCACAAAUACAAGCCCACUUGUUCCUGACCACGAUUUCGCUUAGACCGACUAGGUCAUUGUAUUACGGCGUAAAAAGAGGCAAUUUUUAAUGUGGACAAGAUAUUAUCACAAAGUGGUAAUAAGAAUAGUCAAAGCAUGGCCGUCCGACGCUUAUUGGACCACCUAAUGUGUCAGCCUUUCUGCGCAUCUGAAGUUGGUUUGUGGUGCAAUGUAGACGCUACGUUGUGUUCAGCUCUUAGUGGCUGUCACCCUCUACCAAUAGGGUGUCGAUAACCCUGUGAUCAAUGCUCAUGACUCGAUUUGUUCAUAAAAUUGACGAGUAUAGAUUUCGCGGACGAGCUUUCUGCAUUCCGUAGCGUGGAUUCUAGAUAAGUCGGACGAUGCCAGUGAGACCGAAAAGUCGAUCGCAGCUUUCUAAAAGUGCCGGAAGGAGGAGGAACCAGACUCUUCAGCGGAAAAGAGCAGUACUACGCAAUGUACCUGCGAGGAACAGUAGCAUAUACGCAAUCAAGCAAGAUUUGGCGUUGGUGUUUUCAAAGACACUGCAAUUCACUGGAUCAUAAAGCGUUCGUCUCUGUGUUUAUCAGAAGCUUAGACGAUUACCGCAGUUGACCAAGUACCACAAGACACAACGAAUACGCUGACCUGGGGAUCACGCCAUCUGAACGGAUCAGUGGCAUUGGGUGACUGUCUUCAACGAAGAGGGAUUUAAUUUGGAUGGUCCGGACGGUUGGAACCAUUUCUGACACUCUGCCCGUAAAGAACCGGAUAGCUGUGAUCGCCAACCCAACGUCUGCUCCUGCCGAAGAUGUCGGCCAGACAGAAAUAGGGGGCGUCGAAAUAAUGACCGCUGUGCGGCUGCUGGUUGGGCUCGAGAGAGAGAGAGAGAGCCCGUAAGGCACAACGGAACGAGUGAGUUCCGUAAGAACGAUCGGUGAGUGCCUCCUACGAUUGCAUAUUCCCGAUCUAAACCGACAGGUCAACGGGCUCGUGGCCCAGUGGUUCGAGGCGUAGAUAUAUAACAGGUCGCGAGUUCGAGCCUUGGGUAUUCCACACUUCCGGGUUGGGUAUGACUGGCUGACGGCGGCUAAUAAGCCAGAAAUGGCCACUCCAGUCUCCCUUGUCUUUGUCGGUAAUAACAUGCUGCUAAGUUUCUUCUUUACGAUUCACGACGUUUUCCAUUCACUCCACCUGACUACUAUUACACUGACAUUUUUGCCUGGUCUCUUUGUAGGUGACGCGGUACACGUACCCUCCGCCGGACCCCUGUCGACCAGUCAUGGUGGCCCAGCCGGGUGGUCUGCCCGGAUACCAGCCCACUUGUCCGCCACCUCCAGGCACCGCUGCCUUCUAUACGGGCGGCGCCGGAGGAUACGCCCAGCCGACACCGCACGAUGCGGUGCCUCUCAACUACUGUCCGACUGGAGGCAACUUCAUCCGCGCCAACCUGCCCCCGGUGCCUUUCCUUGCCAGGCCCACUGAUGGCGAUGGUGUUGUCCGAUCCGGCCCCCGAAUCGACCUCGGUGCUGGGGGUCAGUCUACUUCAAAGCCUCGCCUUAUCUUGCUGCUAUGUCAGGGCCUACUUUAAUGACUGCGUUUUCUGGUCGCGGACCAGAUUGCAGUGUGAGCAAUGAUACCUAAGGAGACUGAAGCGACUCUAAAGAAGAUGCGCUUGAUGUUGCGGUCGCGUUCUCUUCUGUAUUGGCGAAGUACACAUGAGGACCUAUGGGAUCUGAACUCAUCACUGCAAACUUCAUCGAAAAUCUGGCUGCCAAGGUGUAGGAAGUCACCUGCCAUAGCCCUUGAAGACAGAUAGGAUUAAGAUGCAUUCGGAUCAUAUACAAUGAGUGACCGAUCUUAUGAAAUGUUGGCUGAAAUUCUGAAAUGCGUUUUCCGUUAGGGAGGAUUUUUUAGGCACAGUUGUGAUGCUGAUUAUCUUGCGGCAGUGUCCUAUAAUAUUUCGGACUCUGCAGGAUAUCAGCUCUUGGAUGCACUGUUUUUCUAUCUGUAGAAACCGUACUCGGUAAAAAAACGACUACGUAAGUAGCAUGCAUUUUUCACUUUGAUUUUCGAUGGUCUUGCAAUUAUAGCAUGUUAUAGAAAUUACAAAUAAAAAUAUGCUUUCUUUCAGUCGGUUGAUAGAGAAUCACGUCAUCUUUAUGUUUUAUACUCAAAGAAAGACUAUAAUUGGGUUUUAAAAGUUUCUAAUUGUGUGAUUUUUUGAGACCGCGCAAUGUCCAUUCAUGUGGCAUCCUACCUGUCCGUUUACCACUGCUUAUCAUGAAAUGUACAACAUAGUCCGCAUCCAUUGCACAAUUUUUUAGAUUCCAUAUAGUAUCUUUCUAAAGACAUAGAUGAAUAUGUGGUUUUCUUUACGUGGAACGCACGCCCCUUGUAGACUGAAAUCACUAAGUGCUAAUGCCACGACUGAUCAGGUUUCAGCUUAUUCGAGAAUUGGAAAACUUUUUUAAAACAUAAUUGUGUUCUUUCUUUGAGAAUAGAAUAUAAAGACGACAUGAUUCUCUACCAAGAAACUGAAAGAAAGCAUAUUUUUAUUCGCAAUUUCUAUAAAAUAUGUUUGAAUUACGAGACCAUCGAAAAUCGAUGUGAAAAAUGCAUGCUACUUAAAUAAUCACAUUUCACCGAGUACGGUUUCUAUAGGCGAUAGAAAAGUGGUGUAUUCAAAAGCUGACAUCUUGUAAAGUCCGAAAUAUUAUAGGAUUAUGUUGCAUGACAAUCACUAUUACAACCGCGCCUAAGUAGUCCUUCUUAAUCGAGAACCAUUUCAGAAUUUCGGCCAACAUUUCAUAGGAUCGGACACUCACUGUAUUCUUACUAAAUAAUCGUAUGAAUAUGUACAUUUUCUCCCAAAAGACAGUUGUCCGGAUAUAUUCGUCAAACCUUUAUGGUUCCACAGGAACAAUUACUGGUUUUAUCCUGACGAUUCCGAAACAUGUAAGCUUCUGUCAUUGGAGGCGAGUAUCGCACCGCGCCCCACAGUAUUUACAGCGGUUUGUCAUCAUGUGAACACGGCGUUAACAGUCGGAGCGGCAGGAAGAGGUGGAUGCGAGCUGUUAAUCGUCAGUGUUUUGGCUCUAGGGUUCAUCGCCCACAUAUGCACAAGGAUCGUUUCCGUAGCGGAAGGGGGGGGGGAAGGAGGGUGGCGGAAUGUUGUCAAUCCGCCUGCCUUUCGUUUGUGGCCGGCGUCCGGACGUUGGCGGCAAUCACCCGUAUUCACACUGACCUUGGUUGUGGCCCCGGGCGGCUAGUCUUGUUUGCGUCCCCUGAACUGUCAUUUGCCUCGUCUGUGGCAAUGUUGACGACUGCGCCUUCGCCCUAUCCAGGCUGCGGUGCGGUGACGUGCGUGUCCGGCGUAGGCUCCCACGUGUUUGGAUUUCUGUUUGGUCUAUGUUCGCACCUGCUCUGUCCUUCGUUGAGCCGGAGGGCCUGGUGGGCUGCAGAAAGAGCCACCCAACGAAGAUUCUCCCCGUGUCGAUUGCUAUUUUGGAUACGCGGUCGUUUCCGCUCCUUGGAAAUUUGGAAUGACGGGAAGCGAAUGUGUGUCCAGAAUCGGUGUACUUUCUGAGCUAUCAUUUUUUGUCAGUUUAGGACUUAAAUUGCCACUAUUGAAACCGCGCAUCAGCUAUUUUCUACCCUCGGGCACAGAUCUCACGAGUUUAUGAGUGUUAAGAGAGAGGAAGAGAGGAGAGAGAGGAAAUGCGCUUUAUUUUGAAAUCGUAAGUUCAAAAUUUUAAGCAAAAAAUUGUUUAAGACAGGUCUAUGGAAGCACCCAUAAAGCCUCUUCAUCUUUCCUUCCCAGACUCCAAAGCUCUAAGAUAUGACCUCCGACCAUUUUGAUCAAUUAUAGUGCUGUAAUCCGUGUUGUGAUCUUACAUACUGACAGUCCUGACAUCUUUAUGUCACUGACUACGCUUGUCUUCUUGCAGAAAACGAGGACACUUACCUGCAGCAUCCUGGGGUGCCCCUGACUCGGGCCCACGGCACUUUGUCUGGACCCGGUGUCACCGCCUCAGAUCUCAUUUCGGAAACGAGUUCUGGUGAGUUUUUUUUCGCCACUAGCUUGAAUCUUACCGAGCUUACCGUGUUUCCGAUUGGGCAAGGCUCUAUUACACUAUCGGGACCCUAGACACGCAGAGGUAGGCGUGUGUAAUACGGCAGCCGUGGUAAUAGGGGUUUUCCUCAUGGAGCAGGAGGCAUACAGUGGAAAAGUCAGCCACUGACGCUUUUCUGCCAAUGCGUAACCCAGAAAAUACAACAGUUGUUUGAGUGAAUAAAAUAUCGCGCAAUUUUUUAAAAAAUGAGUAAGCUAACCCGAAAACCAAAUGACGCCUAAAAAGAAUAAUUAGACGGUCAGGGUCACUGAAACUGAACUGAAUAAGGUGAUAACCAAUGGGAAUGGCCUGGGACACCAAUGCCGUAGAAAGUGGGUGCCCAGCGAGCAUAGUAAAGAGUAGACCAAGCAGGAACCCAAAAAGUGCGAUUAUAAGUUAAGAAAAAGAAAAGGUAUGAAAAUUUGAUGAGGAUGGGGAAAAAUCCAAACAGCGUUACGUAAAGGAUUGAAAGUGAAAUUUUAACUAUUGAAUAAUAGCAAAAAUGACAAUAUUUUAACGAAGAUAUCUUAAAAGUCUUCAUAUGUACCGAAAAAAUAUGAAAAUAUUUAGCAGCAUUAAAUGGGCCCUAACCUUAUUACCAAAACUAACCCAAAACCCAGCCUUAACUCUAACUCUGGCUGUCAUGCUAACCAUAGCCCUAACCUUGACCCUAGUUCAAAACCCAACCCUAACAGUAACCAUGACUGAAGACCUAACCAUAUGCCUAAAUCCAACUCCAAGUCUAAUAUUCAAAGUCGGUCAAUGUCCGAAACACUAACCCAAAAUACCUUAACGCUAACCCUAACCAUAAACUUUAAUUCCAACCCUAAUCCUAACUCCGACUUUAAAUCAAACCCUAAUCCUAGACGUAGCACAAACCUAACCCGAAACCUAGCACAAACCCUAGCCCAAAACUCACUCCCAAGCCGGACAAUAGGGCAGACUCUAACCCUAAACCUAGCACUAACCCUAACGCCAAAGUCCUUUCGAGUCCGCCUUGAAACUAACCCACAUCCCAAAACGCCCAUUAAACCGACGAAAGCAAUCCUAACAUAACCGCGAGCCUAAAGAUAAGCCGAAAGGUAGUCCUUAUAUUAGGAUUAAGAAUAAAUCUAUUCCUAACCCUGCAGCUAGGCAUCAACCUGAAACUGUCCCCAAAACCUUAGGGCAAGCCACUAGUGUUACCAUGAUCCUAACCGCAACUCACGAAAACCAGGCGGAAACAGAAAAACAAAAUGUUAACCGCCUACUGAAAUCAAUUAUAGUACAAAGAUAAUAACACGUCAACAAACCCGGACAACGUAAUAGAGCCCCACCUCCGAUUGUUUGUCUCAUAACUGGUUUCUUCUGCCUAAACGUUUCGACGCAUAUACCGGCAGGUAAAACAAAGCAAGUCAGUAAUCAUGAGGCUAUCUUAUAACUUUUUCCGAAAGUCACCCGCUUCUUCUUUUCGCCUUGUAGGCCUCCUCUCGUCUGCCUUUGGUGCCGGCCACCCCGUCUUCCAGAGCACUGGCGGUUUCAAUCCUUCUGAGGGCUCGGGGACUGCUAAUGCCUACUUCGGCGAAUCCUCCACAGUCUCCUCCACCUCCAACUCCUCGCAUCGCUUCGGCUCCCUACCGCCAACCUGUGCCACGGGGCUCCCUCCCAUGGCCCAGCCUCCCCCAUUACCGAUGCAUCAAUCCGCCCGGAAGGCAAGCCUGGGUGCUAAUGCUGGUGCCGGUCGUAUUCUCUCCACUCAGAAGGAGACUGACUCCGAAGCCCCCGCCCCCCAUCAGAAACAGCAACAGCAGCAGCAAAGAUUGUCAGUUAAGAGGACCGGGCCGUCUUCUGAGUCCAAGGCCUCCACACCGCGGAAGAACGCCUCCACGAAGAUGACCAAGUCCACCUCUGCGAACAUGCCGGUACGCGUCUCUAUCCAUUUGCCAUUACUACAUUCGAUGUUGUUAAGGGGACACCCCCCUAUGUACGUGCGUAUGUUUGUGCCUCUUAUUUCAAAGUAGUAGUCAGUGUCAUGACCGCAGCUAGUUCUCGAUGCUGAGACACCAGACACCGUUCUUUUUUGAAAUCCUGAGCCUCUCAGUAUAGCUGAAAGUAGCUGCAGUAGAAGUGCUAGUAGUAGCAGUAGUAGAAGUUUUACUGGUGGGAAAAGAAGUAGUAAUGGAAGCAGUAGUAGUUCUGGUAGCCGCGGUAGUAGUAGUAGUAGAAGUAGUAUUAGUAGUAGUAGAAGUAGUAAUAGUAGUAGUAGUUGUUGUUGUUGUUGUAGUAAUAGUAGUAGUAGUAGUGGUAGUUGUAGUAAUAGUAGUAGUAGUAGUAGUAGUAGUAGUAGUAGUAGUAGUAGUAGUAGUAGUAGUAGCAGUAGUAGUAGUAGUAGUAGUAGUAGUGGUAGUGGUAGUGGUAGUAGUAGCAGCAGCAGUGGUUGUAGUUGGACCGUCUUACCCGACGACGUCCGCCUUGUGUCUCAGAAGAAGGUUUAGCGGGCACGGUGGCUUGCGCGUGUAUUAGUUUAGUGAGAGUAGACUUGCGCAGCAUCUUCGUACCCCUCCACCUUAAUCCGGUGUAACGACGGAGUCUAGAAGACCGGCGGCGGGAGUGGGCGCAUGUAGAUGGCGCGGCCAAGCCCGCACCUUGGUGCUCCACACUACAACCUCUGGUCCACACAACAAUUGAUCAGGAUUUUAAUCGUCAACAAUACCACGACGGGUCGGAAGGUGGAGGAAGACUGAGCAGUUAUGCUCACGACCUACACACCUAGCAGGGAACAGCAAAGUGGCAGCGCAUACCAGGCUGCGAGGACCAUGGUAGGCUGGUUCUGGCAUGGGAGGCCCUUACAGACUUUUAGCCCCCGGAUAGCUAGUAGUCGACUGAAAGACGCUUUAACGAAAUUUGUAUUCCUCGGUCUUCACUUCUAUCGGAGUCCUCUUUUUGAUGGUUAUCUGCACAAAACGUUUUUCCAACGACUUAUGAACAAAUGUCAGUGCGCACCUGGGAUCGGGAGCUUCCUGUUGGAGAAUGUCGGGUCCGUAUUAAGCAGUAUUUCGCUAGAAGCGAUUCUUGAUAUUCCAUAAAAGUGCCUGAACCUUUUCACGUCUCACUGACCUCUAAACCAGCUGCUAACGCAGUUUGCAUGCUUCUGGGGUUUUCGUUUACACCUUCCCUCCGCUCAUUAGAUGUGACGCUGGCGGACAACUUUCCUAAACCGCGCCUGAUUUUUUUUCUGCCCAGAAAGCGAUCAGCACUGAGGAACUGACCCAAGAGAUGGCCAACCUAGACGGUCUCAUGAAGGACCUCUCGCUUAUCACUCAGAACGAAUUCGGCUGUUAA